AUGAGUGCAGCGUGGGGAUGGAGAGAGCAUUGUAGUGUGCACUACCGCACAAUUUUAGCUACUUUAGCUAUAGCCAUAGCACUGCUCAGUUUCUCAACGUACAUACCAGAGUUAACAGGGGUGAGUGAUCAGAAUGCAACACGCAUAGAGGCGAAUUCGGUGGCCACUGCCAGUGCAAGAGAUCAAUCCACGCCUACAGGUGCUACUAGCGAUGCUCUCAAUAUGGAUUCUCCACCGGAAGGUGGAGUUUCUGUUGCCAUAACAACCAUUGCUAGUGUAGAUACACCCCACAUGGAGACCAACUAUUCCAAGGUGGACCUCAGCACUACUCGCGUGCGUGUGCAAGACAUCCCUAGUUACAAAGCAAAUCGACGGUACGUAAGCGGGGGGGCUGACCCCAGCAGGAAUAAAGCUAAUACACAUCCCUGGAGUUAUGGGGAGGCGGUUACCUUUGCAUUGCAUGCGUUAACGGGACUUCCACCGCCAGAGGAGAGUGUAGGGGCAACCAGGGAUGAGACACUUGACACGGUGAGUGUAUUGUACCUGUAUUAA